CCUCACUCCCUCACCAACACCUCUCCCUCCAUCUCCCCUUCACCUCUCCCCACAAUGGCCUCCCGCAAACCCCGACGACAAAACAACCACAACCACCCCAGCAACACCAACAGCCCUCGUCCACACCCGGUCGCCAGCUACCAGGCCAGCCCGAACCCGAACCCGCGUCACCACCUCGCCCACCAACCCUCCGACUACGAAUCCGACUAUCCCAACUACCUCUCCGACACGCACCAACCACCGCCAUCAUCGAUGCCCCCCCUGCGCACCAACGAGGAACUCAACCUCGCCGUCCUCCGCCGCCACAACCCCGCCGUCACCUCCAUCCUCUCCCUCGCCCAAUACGCCGUCGUCUACCUCUUCAGCCCGACCACGCGCCAAUGGGAAAAGAACGGCGUCGAGGGCACGCUUUUCGUCUGCCAACUCACCCCGGGCCCCCUCUCCGAGGACCGAUACAGCGUCUUCGUCCUCAACCGCCGCGGCCUCACUAACUUCGACCUCCCCCUCACCGACGCCGAGAAUGUCGAGAUCACGGACGAAUACAUCAUCCUGAAAACGGACAUCAAUCCGGACGGUACCGGUGCCGCGAAUGGCUAUAACAACACCACCACCAGCCCCAAUAACAACGGCAGCAGCAGUAAUGGGAAUAGCGGCAAAGUAGGCGAUAUCCGCAUCUACGGUCUGUGGAUCUACUCGGAGCCGGCGCCGAACUCGACGGCCGAGGCGCGCAGUAUCAACGCUCAGGUGAUCCGGGAGUGUGCGGGCCAUGCGGGCGAGAGCAUGAAGGUCGCGAAGGAGCGGUUGGAGGCGUCGCGCCAGAAUGGACUGCAUGUUGCGGCGGCUGCGGCGUCGGUCACCCCCGCGCCGUUGGAGGAGGUACAGGAGAGUGUGCCCAUGGGGCGACAGGUGUCGCUCAAGGAUCUGUUUGGGGUUCAGCGCGCGCAGGACGAUGGGUGGACGACAAGGGCGCAUCAGCUGGGGCCGGGCGAGUGGCAGCAGCAGCAGCAGCAGCAGCCACAGCCGCCGGGGAUGGCUGGCGCGGGGCCGGCUCCGACGCCGCCGCAACAGCGGCAGCAGGAUGUGUUGGGCGAUCUGUUUCGGAGGGCUGGGCUGGCGUACCAGGGAGGUCAGUAGUGUGUUGCGGGGGGGCACUUGGCAGCUGGACUUGCUCUUUGUCUGUCUCCCUGGCUGAUCUUCGUCACGAGAUGUGCAUACUUGGCGUGGCGUACCGUCCCGCUAAGAGAUACCCAUGAUAUCUGAUGAUCACGCAGUUGGUUGAAUCCAUCCUUAUCAUAUAUGAGUCUAUGAGUCUUAAGCCUACUCUAUCGCCCAGUCUUUCUGUCUAUACCCUAUCAUCCAGUCUAUCUAUCUAUACCCUACUACCCUGUCUA